GAGCCUCCAAUAAAACAAAUCCAUACCCCAAAAAAAGAGGCACCACCAUGUCUAUGGAUCCAAAGAAAUCUAACAAGAUCAGAGAAAUUGUUAGACUUCAACAGAUCCUCAAGAAAUGGAGAAGGAUAGCCAACUCAUCGAAAACCACCACCACUGGCACUGCUUCCUCCACCACUACCAGCAAGAGCAUGAAGUUUCUAAAGAGGACACUUUCCCUAUCCGAACGUGAAGGAGGGUCAAACAACGUUGUCCCAAAAGGGUACCUAGCUGUUUGUGUUGGUGAAGAGAUGAAGAGGUUCACUAUUCCAACUGAAUAUUUAGGUCACCAAGCCUUUGAGAUUCUGCUGAGAGAAGCAGAAGAAGAAUUUGGGUUUCAACAAACGGGUGUUCUGAGGAUUCCUUGUGAAGUGGCUGUGUUUGAGAGUAUCUUGAAGAUGGUGGAAGGAAAGGAGGACAAGUUUUCCUCUCAAGAAUGUAGACUCAGCAUUGAAGAGAUCAUGAUGGGGUACUGCACAGAAAACCAACUUGCUUAUUCUCACCAUCCUCAAAGUCCAUUGUGCAGAUAGUAUAGUAUUUUGCAUUUUUAUCCUUUUCUUUUUUUGUCUUUUGUUUUACUUUGUCACUUACAACUUAUCCAAUGUAUGAGAGAGAGAGAGACUGUGAAGAGAGUGAGUUCAAUUAGAUGUAAGAGAAUCACCCUUUUGGGAUUCAUGAAGCAAGGAAUAUGAUUGUGACUUUCAUUGUCCAAAACACUAAUUCUAAACCUUAUUGUUUGAGA